GUAAGACGCUAGUGUGAGAACGCGCGUCAGCCAGAUCUGUCAGUGCAUCUCGACAGCUGCUGUCAAUUGGAACCCAGCCCGCUUCGACCAUCAGCCCCUCUCUCUUUUUUCAAGCUGUAUCUCUCUCGGUAUGUGCACGGCCCCGAAGCGGUUUCCCACACGGGCCAGGCGUGAUUCCGCUUGGCGAAGUUGGAAAUGGGUCGGAAGAGGGAACAGACAUAAAAAGCGAGCCAAUCCAGCCGAAAGAGAAUCGAUUCCAUCCACUCACUCUCCCAAGGCGGAUAGAACACUCACUCUUCCAAUACGGUCUUCUACCAACCAUGUCUGAAGCCCCACCGCAAGCCAACUAUGGCUCAACCCUAGUGACAGCAAACGCACCAGCCUACUCCGAUGAAAAGCAGCAACACGUUGCUGUGCAGCAACCACAGCAGGUAGUCGCUGUGCCCGUCAAUGCUCCCAACCCAGACUAUGCAUACGAGCUAGAUGCGAUCAAAGCAUCCUACCAGCGUUUCGUCAACAUCGACCUGGAGAACAUCAAGCCGACUUGCCCUCAAGAGCUGGUGCAGCGGGGCUUGACGGCAGAGACAUUCAAUGACAUUGUCGAUCGCGUUCGAAAGACCAAGAAGCGCAGCAACACCAACAAGGCCUUUCUCUGGCCCGCUUGCAUCUUCUGCUGUGGAAUCAUCGGCUGGCUCUUGGUUGACCGCCGGUCCGUGGGCAACACCAAGCUCAGUGACCAGCUGGCACCUAUUCUGGAGGGCUACAACAUGGAUCUCGGCCAGAAGAACAUCCCUGUUCGCUUUGCAUGGGUUCAGGGCAAGCUUCGAGCCUAUUUCAGGUGAUCAUGUACCCAAGCUGCGCCAUUGACAUUGUGAUACCUGCCGGUCCCUCUGGUGUGGAAGCCUGACAUGGGAACUUCCCUUGCU